AUAGUCGGAUUUGGCCCAGUAUCUUAUAGAUCUUCCUUGACCUAAUUUUUCAUAAUCGAUAGACUUCGGCAUCCGCAAACAUGAACAUCCUCAUUUUCGGUGAUCAGACGGCUGAUCAGUACCCGUUGUUGCGAAAGGCGGUGUUGAGGAAGGACAACGCUCUACUCUCGACCUUCAUCGAGCGUACAGGUGUCGUUCUCAGAGAUGAGAUCAAGCGCCUACCUCGCUCCCAGCGAGACAACUUUCCGGACUUCUUGAACGUUUCCAUGCUGGUUGAGGGCUAUUAUGAGAAGGGCAUGAAAAUUCCGCAGUUGGAAAGCUGCUUAGUCACCAUUUCUCAGCUUGCUCACUACAUCGGGUACUAUUCCGAGCACCCAACUGAAAUCCCGGUCCCUUCGAAUACUAGGGUGCUUGGGCUGUGCACUGGUAUCCUUGCAGCUGCAGCAGUCGCCUCGGCCAAGUCUCUGAGCGACCUGCUCCCUCUUGCGAUCGAAACCGUUCGCAUCGCCUUCAGGGCGGGAACUUGUGUGGCAGCGGCAAAAUAUGCUCUGGAGUAUCCCGGCGAGUCUCAACAAUGCUGGUCGACAAUCGUCGCGGGCACUUCCGAACAGUCAGCCAAGGACGCGUUGGCCGACUUCCACCAAGAGAAAGGAAUUCCAAUCCCAAACCAGGCGUGGGUCAGCGCCGUUAGUGUAAUGGCUGUCACCAUCAGUGGACCGCCAUCGACCACUCGCCGACUUUUUGAGGAAUCGGAAGCCUUGAAAAAGAACAGCCGGGUGGCAAUCCCAGUUUACGCGCCGUACCACGCUGCGCACUUGCAUAGCAAAGCCGAUAUCGAUCGCAUUCUGGACAGGGAGGCGCGUCACCUUCUGCUGCAAUAUCGCCCGAUGUCCCUCAUUCACUCUGCCAGCAACGGAACGUGCCACACCGUUUCCAACACACUUGAACUCUUCGAGCUGGCUCUGAGCGAAGUCCUGCAGGAGCCAGUGAGAUGGGAUCGCCUACUUGAGGAGGUCGUGUCACAGGUCACUGAGUUCAGCAAAUCGGAGUGCUCAGUCACUGCCAUCGGUGUUACCAACAUUGCAAACAGUCUUGCCUCGGCGCUUAAGGCUGGUGGCCAGACUGCCAUCUCCGGCAAGGAUUACACCGCCUGGAUCCAAAGCAUGGCAGAAGGUACUGGUCGGACGCAAAACGACAAGAUUGCCAUCGUUGGCAUGUCCGGGAGGUUCCCUGGUGCGGCUAACUACGAAGAACUUUGGACUCUGCUUGAGAAGGGCCUGGACGUCCACCGUGAGGUGCCUCCUGAUCGAUUCGACGCCAAGGCCCACUGCGAUCCUUCGGGCAAGGGCAAGAACAAGAGUCAUACUCCGUACGGUUGCUUCAUUGAAGAACCUGGUCUUUUCGACCCUCGCUUCUUCAACAUGUCGCCGCGCGAAGCCGCCCAGACAGACCCAAUGGGACGCUUGGCCCUCGUCACUGCUUACGAAGCUUUGGAGAUGUCUGGCUACGUGCCAAACCGUACUCCAUCCACGAAGCUUCACCGUAUCGGUACUUUUUACGGUCAGACAUCAGACGACUGGCGUGAGAUCAACGCGGCUGAAAACGUCGACACAUACUUCAUCACUGGAGGUGUGCGCGCGUUCGCCCCAGGCCGCAUCAAUUACUACUUCAAAUUCUCCGGGCCCUCUUUCAGUAUUGACACCGCUUGCUCUUCGAGUCUUGCUGCCAUUCAAUUGGCUUGCACCUCGCUCUGGGCGGGAGACUGCGAUACUGCAUGUGCCGGUGGUUUGAACGUUCUUACCAACCCUGACAUUUUCUCUGGUCUUAGCAAAGGCCAGUUCCUUUCGAAGACUGGAUCUUGCAAGACUUACGACAAUGACGCUGACGGCUACUGCCGCGGUGACGGCUGUGGCUCAGUCGUCUUGAAGCGGUACGAAGAUGCCAUUGCUGACAAGGAUAACAUUCUCGGCUGUAUUCUUGGUGCCGCAACGAACCACUCUGCGGAAGCUGUCUCCAUCACUCACCCCCACGCUGGAGCCCAGGAGGUCUUGUACAAGCGCGUUCUUGCUAACGCUGGCGUCGAUGCUCAUGAUGUCAGCUACGUCGAGAUGCACGGUACUGGCACCCAGGCCGGCGAUGGCAUUGAGAUGACGUCAGUCACGAAUGUGUUCGCGCCUCGUCACCGCCAACGGAAGCCUGAGCAGACCCUUCACCUGGGCGCUAUCAAGGCUAACAUUGGCCAUGGAGAAGCUGCAUCUGGCAUCAACUCCUUGAUCAAAGUCAUGUUGAUGUUCGAGAAAAAUGCCAUCCCUGCUAAUGUUGGCAUUAAAGGCGUCAUGAACAAAACCUUCCCCAAGGACCUCGGUCAGCGCAACGUCCAUAUUGAGACGCAACAGGUUGCCUAUCCCAGAAAAGGAGCCGAGAAGAGGAAGAUCUUCCUCAACAAUUUCAGCGCUGCCGGCGGUAACACUGCCCUCAUUAUCGAGGAUGGUCCUUUGAGAGAAGCGCCGGUCAGCCAAGACCCGCGAUGCACUCAUGUUGUUGCUGUUUCCGCACGCUCGAUUGCUUCCCUGAAGAGGAACAUCCAGAGCCUCAUCACUUACAUUGGUGAACACCCUGAUACCACUCUGCCGAGCCUUGCAUAUACCACAACUGCGCGUAGGAUCCAACACAAUUACAGAGUCAUAGUUGCAGUCAACGAAAUGUCCAAGGUUAAGGAUGCCCUCCAAGACCAACUGAAGGACACCUACAGCCCCAUCGCCAUGGUUGCCACCAAGGCAGCUUUCACUUUCACCGGCCAAGGUUCGCAAUACACUGCUCUGGGCCAGAAGCUUUACCUAGACCUGCCAUCGUUCAGGGCCGACAUCGACCAGCUUGACAACCUUGCUCGCAUGCAGGAUCUGCCCUCCUUCAUUCCGCUCAUUGAUGGCACUGAUGUCACCACUCUGUCUCCGCUUGUCAUUCAACUCGGAAUGGCUUGUAUCCAAGUUGCUCUCGCACGCAUGUGGUCAGCUUGGGGCGUCAAGCCAGCUGUUGUCAUUGGCCACAGCCUAGGCGAGUACGCGGCACUGCACGUCGCUGGUGUCAUCUCCGCUGCCGACAUGAUUCUCUUAGUCGGACGUAGGGCACAGCUCCUUGUUGCUGACUGCACUGAGUACACCCACGGCAUGCUCGCUGUCAAGGGUAGCCGGGAGUCUAUCUCGGAAGUUCUGGGCGCCAAGAUGCUUGAAGUUGCCUGCGUCAACGGACCUGAAGAGACUGUUCUUUGCGGGACGGUGGAUAUCGUCGAUGCCGUUAACGAGACGCUCAGUGGACGAGGCUUCAAGGCGACCAAGUUGAAGGUGCCGUUUGCCUUCCACUCCGCUCAGGUUGAGCCUAUCCUUGAGUCUUUCAAGGCGGUUGCUGCCUCUGUUGCAUACAACAAGCCCACUGUGCCAGUCUUGUCUCCUCUGACUGGUGAGGUCAUCCGUGAGGCCGGCAUCAUUGGCCCAGAUUAUCUUGCCAGACAUGCUCGUGAGACUGUCAACUUCUGGACGGCUCUGGCCAACGGCAAGGAGCAAAACGCCUUUGACGAAAAGACCGUCUGGCUAGAAGUCGGCGCUCACCCUGUCUGCUCUGGUAUGGUGAAGUCCUCUCUCAGCAACGCACCAUUGACGGCUCCUUCUCUUCGCCGCAAUGAGGACCCUUGGAAGACGAUUGCCACCAGUCUUUGCACUCUCUACACGGCUGGUGUUCCAAUCGACUUCAACGAGUACCACCAAGAGUUCAAUGAUGCGCACGAGUUGCUCAGGCUGCCUACAUACAGUUUCGACAACAAACGCUACUGGCUUGACUACCACAACAACUGGUGCCUUACCAAGGGCGAAGCCCCGGCUGUUGCCAAAGAGGUUCCUCAGCAAGUUGCUGAGAUCAAAUCCAAGCUUUCGACUACCGCUUGUCAGCGUAUCGUCAAGGAAGAGCUUCAUGCCAACUCGGGCAAGAUAGUCAUUCAGACUGAUCUUACCGAGCCCAAGCUUUACAAGGCUGUCAGCGGCCACGUUGUCAACGGCAGUGCUCUGUGCCCGUCCUCGCUGUAUGCUGAUAUGGCCAUGACAGCCGCGGACUACUUGUAUAAGCAGCUUCGUCCUGGUGCCGCACCUGUAGGAUACAACGUCUGCAAGAUGGAAGUUUUCAAGGUGUUGAUCGCCGAUGUUCCUCCUGCACCUGAAGGUCAACACAUCCAACUUGAGGCUGAGGCUGACCUAGAGACUAAGGAGGUCUUACUCAAGUACCGCAGUGUGACGCCCCAAGGGAAGACGCUUCAGGAUCAUGCUGUGGCCACUGUCAUGUACGAAGAUCUUGACGAGUGGCGCGAGGAGUGGCAGCGUGUGCAGUUCAUGGUCCAGGGCCAGAUCGACUUCCUGCACCACAAGCUCCAGAACGGUGGCGCGCACAAGGUUCUGCGUGGCAUGGCCUACAAGCUGUUCCAGGCCCUCGUCGACUAUAUUCCCACCUACCGUGGCAUGGAGGAGGUUAUCCUUGACGGCAAGCAAACAGAGGCCACUGCUGCGGUCCAGUUCCAAACAACCCCUGCCGAUGGCGAGUUCUACUGCUCUCCAUACUGGAUCGACUCCCUUGCCCAUAUCUCUGGCUUCAUCGUCAACGCUUCUGACCUAGUUGAUUCUGCCAACAGUGUCUACAUCUCUCACGGGUGGAAAUCAAUCAAGAUCUCCAAGCAGCUUUCGGCUGACAAGAAGUACCGCUCCUAUGUCAGAAUGCAGCCCGCUCCCGGCAACAUCUCUCAGGGUGACGUCUACAUCUUCGAGGGCGAUGAGAUUAUCGGUUUGGUCGCUGGCCUUAAGUUCCAAAACAUUCCUCGACGUGUCAUGAACAUCAUGAUGCCGCCUGUCAACAAAGCCGGCGCUGCUGCGCCUAAGGCUCUUCCUGCAUUGAAGCCCACUGCUAAACCGGCGCCUGCCAAGGCUCCCGCCGCUCCAAAGAAGGCUGCUGUAGCUGUGACCAAGAAGACUGUCAAGGCCGCGGCGCCAAAGGCUUCCGGCAAUGUCAUCACUUCUCGUGUGAUGAAGAUUAUUGCCGAGGAGUGUGAUCUGGACAUGUCCGAGCUUGUAGAUGACGCCGCCUUUGAGAACAUGGGUGUUGACUCGUUAAUGUCUCUCACAAUCUCUGCCAAGUUCCGUGAGGACCUUGACCUGGAAAUCAGCUCGACGCUCUUCACCGAUUAUCCCACCGUGGGCUCGAUGAAGAAGUUCUUCUCUCAGUAUGAUGGCGGUGCACCGCUGGCCGAGGAGGACUCGACUGAGUCCGAAUCUUCAGACCCUCGCACUCCUGAUGAGGAAGAAGACUCAGACACUGCCCCAAGCUCUGCUCCCAGCUCGGCUUCAAGCGUAUCCGGUAAGGAUGAUUAUGUCGAGGUCAAGGUCAAAGAAACCCGUCAGGUCACCACUGGCAGUGUCAGCCUUGCUCGUCAGAUUGUCGCUGAGGAGAUGGGUGUCUCAGUCUCAGAGAUCGCAGACCAGGCUGACCUAGCGGAACUUGGCAUGGACUCCCUCAUGAGUCUCACCAUCCUGUCUUCUCUGCGUGAAAAGACUGGCGUCGACCUUCCUUCCACCUUCUUGGUCACCAACGCCACCAUUGAAGACAUUGAAAAUGCUUUGGGCAUGCGCGCUAAGCCCCAGAAAGAGGUGAAGAUUGAGAAGGUUCAGACCAAGGUCGAAAAGAAGUCGCCUCCCAAGGCUCCCAAGACUACCAAGGCCCCGGUGUUGGAGCAAGUCAACCAGAAGCUGUCUUCGAACGUUGAUAUCUCAAAGCUACCUCCCGCAACUUCUGUUCUGCUUCAGGGUAACGCUAAGAUUGCGACCAAGAAGCUUUUCUUCCUGCCUGAUGGUUCGGGUUCCGCGACCUCCUACAUCUCCAUUCCAACUCUCUCCUCUGACUUUGCAGUCUACGGCCUGAACUGCCCCUUCAUGAAGAAGCCAGAAGAUUUCACAUGUGGCGUUGAGGGCGUCUCCGCUCUUUACCUCGCCGAGAUGAGGCGCCGCCAACCUGAAGGCCCCUACUACGUGGGCGGUUGGUCCGCGGGUGGUGUCCUCGCCUACGAGGUCUGCCAGCAGGUCAUCGCACAGGGCGAAAAGAUCGAGAAGCUGCUGCUACUUGACUCUCCUUGCCCUGUAGCACUGGCACCGCUUCCAGCCCGUCUCCACCACUUCUUCGACUCCAUCGGACUCCUCGGCACCGGUAAACCCGGUGGGACGCCUGGCUGGCUCCUUCCUCACUUCGCCUCUUCCAUCAAGGCCUUGAAGGAGUAUGAGCCCAUACCAUUCCCCGAGGGUAAGGCUCCAGAGACAUACGCCAUCUGGUGCACUGAUGGCGUCUGCGGCAAGCCGGACGACCCGCGUCCACCUCCAGCUGAAGAGGAAGACCCUGCGCCCAUGACGUGGUUGCUCAACAACCGACACGAGUUUGGUGACAAUGGCUGGGCACAGCUGGUGCCACUGGAGAAGAUGGCCUUUGGUGUCAUGGGCGGCAACCACUUCACCAUGAUGAGGGACGAGCACGCUGAAACCCUCGGCAAGCUCAUCAGGGAAGGCUUGGGUCUUUGAACGAAGCACAACUGUUGCUUCUUUUUGUUUUUCUUUGGCUGGCGUUUCAGUGAAAGGGUUUGGACAUAUGGCGCUGGCACUGAUCUGGUCACGUUCCUUUCACUGACGAUUCAUGCCCUGACAACGUUUUAUUUCCUAUG